AUGGAGCGGGCGGCCGUGCUGCGCGUGAAGCGCAAGCGCGGCGGGCCGGAGCCGGCCGAGGCGCUGCUGCUCGCCUGCAAGCGGCGGCGCGGCGAGGCGGGCGGCGCGCCGGGCUCCCCGCGCCUCGAGAAGGGCCUCUUCAAGCUUGUGGCCACCGUCUGCUCCAAGGAUGAUCCCGUGGAGAAGUACGUGGAGGAGGGCGCGAGACGCAGCAGGGCGGCCCGCGCGGCGCGGCCCUCGGCGGGCAGCGCGCAGCGCAUCCAGCGGGAGCUGCGCGCCGCGCGCGAGGCCAGCCGCAGGGAGAGCCGCUACCGCGUGGUAGCCGCGCACCGGCCCCCGGCCGCGCCGCCCGGCCCGGGCGCCCAGGCAGGGCAAGAUGCCGCGGCGCAAGGCGGAGGCGAGGAGAGCGCCGGCUUCUGUGGGGAGUUUCAGCUUUUUGAUAUCGUGCAAGAAGAGGAGGCUGUGGAAGAAAAGCCGCAGAAAACCAGUGAUCCAGAUGUGAUUCUCUGCAAUGCAGUGGAGAUGAUUCGUGAGCGUUUACAUGUUUCUGAAGAUAAUAAGAAGGCAGAACACCAUGAGAAAGAAGAUGAAUAUGUUUAUGAUAUCUACUAUAUGGAAACAUCAGCCCCUGGUUGGAUCCAAAAUAUCCUGUCUGUCCAGCCCUAUAAAGAGGAGUAUGAACUGGUAGAUGAUGAUCCUAUUCCAGAGGAAAUAUAYGAAGAUGAAGAUGAUGAAAAUGAUGAAAAUAACUGGCGUAAUGAUUAUCCUGAUGAAGAUGAGUUUUUACCUGAGGAAGAUGGUGAUGGAGAAAAAGAGUCUGAAGAAAGCUCGAGUGAUGAGGACCAGUAUCUGAGGAGAAGAACAUGGAACAAAUACCGCCAGGAGGUCCUACAGGAAUUUGGAUAUGAUGAUGUCCAUGAUUUGGAUUCUGACUGACAAUUUUUUUUUUUUUUUUAAGAUAAAAUUCUAAAAAGCUGCUGCUGGCUGGCUAUUCAUGAGAAUGUAUAGCUUAAGAAAGAAAGAAAAGACAGACAAGCACUUUCUGGUAAAAGCUGUACUCGGUGGGACAGUAAGAAACCAGUCUUUAAAUGUAAGCUAAGCUUUUCCUGUCUGAUCUUUGGGAAGUGUYCUGAAACUCAGUGACUGUCAUGGCUCAGCCUAGCGCUCACAGGUUAGGCUUGAGCAUCCCAUAGAACUAGACAUGAGCCUCCAGUAACUAAGUAAAGCUCAUCUUGGUACCUGAGCUGCAUCAGAGGGUCAGCCACCUCCAGCUGGUAGAUGUUACAAAGAUGAGUGAGAAUAGGGGCACUUAAUACACAGAAAGCAGUACCUGUUUUUGACAGGUUGUAUGUUUUGUUCUUUUCCUUCUUUAUUUCUGAGCUGCAUGCCCAAUCCUUUAAAUCAAGAUGGAGAGYGUUACUGACUGUAAGCAGCAGCCCUUAGUGUUGUGACUAGUGCAUAAGGUUUGGCACRCUGUCUACUCUAGGGCAAGAGAUGCAAGUCUCUCUAGAGAAAGGCCGGCAGGAGUCAUGCAGAAAGGCACUGUGCUKCUUUCUCUGUUUAAACUUGUGUUUGGUCACAAGAAAUAACU